CCUAUUCUGAUUCAGGAGAAUCAGAAUAAACGGCUGCAAAAGACGCAGGAUGAAAGGAAGAACCACUUCAAGCAUAAGUAAGUAACCUUUGGCUCCUAUGAUGUUAUUCGAUAUUGUUAUGGAGGAUCGUCGUUUUGCUCGUUUCCUUCCCACUUAUGAACCUACCUCACACUCAAAAGAACCGUCCUCUCCUCCCGCUGUUUUGGUUGCCAUGGCGAUAUGCUUCGGCAGCACUACGCGCCGGCCUCGUCUUUGUCACGAGGUGGUCGCUCGGAUCCAAGGGUCCGAGCGUACAGCGGGCGGCGCCUCCCUCCGGUUCCAACCAAUCACAGUACAGUUGACGUUACCCGGAUUGGUUUGACAGGGAGAGAGGUCCCGCCCCACUGCACGCUCGGACACUUGGCUCUCGCAACCAGCUCGUGAUUAGGGUGUAUGUCACUAUUCGAUAGCGCUAAACCGACUGGUAUGUGAUCGGCUUUGGGUUAUGCUAAGUUAGUAACAUCUAAAGGACAUUAAUAGGCAGAAUUAUACAUUUGUCUGAGUCUUUUGUGACUAUGGAGUUGUAAGGUGACUUCCACUUGGAGUGGUACAUUUUUUAUCUAUGAAACCUUAACAAAUGUGAAAGAAUGGAUUCUGGUGGUCUUCAGCCUCAACAUCCAGGCCAUGUUAGAGUCGUGUAGCAGGUCUAUGUACCGCCAAGACGAAUGUUUAUAUGCUGAACCCUACACACCUUUUAUUCAGACUUUUUUAUUAGAACUUGUGCGGUUGAUUUGAAGAAGUAGGUACAGCAUUAGGCCUAUAGCCGACAUUACCAUAUAUGGACAAGUCUAAAUAGUGGGUCUUGAUCCCUUUCUAAUUGCAGCACUGAUUACGUCAAUAUAUUUCCUGGAAACUAUAAUAAAGAUUUAAUCAAAGACCAGAGCUAUAUCCAUCAGGUUAUGUGAUUGUUCUCUCAAAUGGACAUUGCUUAUUAAUAAGGCUAAAAUGGGUGGAUUCUAUUUGUAUGAAUGUCCGCCUAUUUGAUGACCUCCAAAUUAAUGAAAAACCUUUUCUGACGUCAACACUUGAGUCCAGUGGUAGAUGAAGUGUCCAUUUGCGAUGACUAAUUUAAUUUAAUUUAUUUAUUAAUUCAUUAGGGAGGCUAUGCCUCUGCGAUUCCUUUCAUCCCAAUCAUCUUAAAUUAAAUAUAAAAUAAAGCAAAGGCUAGAUUCGCACACUGAUUAUGUAUCAUAACGGUGCAUUUAAAAAAUGCAUUUACCAAUCAAAGGCGUAAAGGACGUGCGUCGUGCACGCGGACGCCUCUCUAUUCCACACACGGGCACGCGCAAUCAAACAAAUGAUUGGUGAAAAACACCGACGGCAUCGACCACCCUGCCUACCCGCCCUCACAGCCCCUGUAACGGUGACAUCCCGUUCUGGUCCGGAUAACGACAACACGACAACAUGUCAACACGGACGCUGAGGAUGAGGAUGUCUUAACGGACCUGAUUGCAGAUCUCCAGCCAGGAGGACGAAGGAGAAAGGGGGAAAAAAAAUGCAACGAUUAUUUUUUCCUCGACAGGACGUCUCCCUGCCAGCCUGACCAUGGUCUACGCGCCGUCGACCGGCCUGCUGGCCAUCAAGCCCUCCCUCUACUCGCCCUCCUUCUCCUUCCCGCUCUUCCUAAACUUCUCCGAUGCGGUCAACUCCUCCUCCUCCUCUUCCUCCUCCUCCUCCUCCUCAGGGGUCCCGCUCGGCCCCACCUCCACCGCCGCCGCCGCCCUCCCCUCGGAGCGCCUCGGGGCCUCGGGCGGCCCGCACAACGCCACCCUGGGGGGGGCGGGGCUCCAGGUGACCUACGACCUGGCCCCGGUCGAGGUGGCGGUGCUGGGGCUGGUGUUCGGCGCGCUGUGGCUCGUCUCCCUCCUGGGCAACGCGCUGGUGUGCCUGGUGAUCCACCGCAGCCGCCGCACGCAGUCCACCACCAACUACUUCGUGGUGUCGAUGGCGUGUGCCGACCUGCUGCUGUCGCUGGGCGGCGCGCCCUUCGUCCUGCUGCAGGUGGGCGCCGGGCGCUGGCCCCUCGGCGCCGCCGCCUGCAAGCUGGUGCGCUACCUGCAGCACCUGUGCCCCGGCGUGCAGGUGUACGUGCUGCUGUCCAUCUGCGUGGACCGCUUCUACACCAUCGUGUACCCGCUCAGCUUCAAGGUGUCGCGCGGGAAGGCCAAGAAGAUGAUCCUGGCGUCCUGGCUGCUGGACGCGGCCUUCGUGGCGCCGUGCCUCUUCUUCUACGGCGGGGCGUGGUCGUCGCGGGCGGGCCACUGCGACUUCUUCCUGCCGUACACCUGGGGGGGCGUGGUCUACGGCGUGGCCCACCUGCUGCUGGGCUUCCUGGUGCCGGUGGCGCUGAUGGCGUCCUUCUACCAGCGGGUGGUGCGCUACAUCUGGCGGGUGGGCGCCGACGGCCUCACGCUGCGCCGCACCAUGAACAUCGUGCCCCGGACUAAGGUCAAGACCAUCAAGAUGUUCCUCGUGCUGAACUCGGUGUUCCUGCUGACCUGGACGCCCUUCUACGUGGCGCAGCUCUGGCACCCCCGGGAGUCGGCCGGCGGCUCCCACCGCCAGGGGGCGCUGUUCUUCACGGCCGUGGCCUGGAUCUCCUUCAGCUCCACGGCGUCCAAGCCCACGCUGUACUCGGUGUACAACGCCAACUUCCGCCGGGGCAUGAGGGAGACCUUCUGCAUGUCGUCCAUGAAGUGUUACCGCAGCAACGCGUACACAAUCACGGCCAGCACGCGCAUGGCCAAGAAGAACUACGUGGGCGUGGUGGACGUCCCCGUGCACGCCAAGGCGCUCACCAAGGACUCCAUCUGUGACACCUUCGACCGCGAGGCCAAGGAGAAGAAGCUGGCCUGGCCCAUCAACGCCAACCCCCCCAACACCUUCGUGUAGCAGGAGCCACACUGACCCUAAACCAGCCAUUGACACAACGUGGAUGAUAAUCGCACAGACAUUUUAAAAGGAGAAUGGCUUUGAAAUGCACAAGUCCAGGGGGAGGUAAUCAAUCCGUCUUUUACCUUUAACGGCAGUCCCCAGUGGGAAAGGGAAGUGUGGGAUUUGUAUGUUUUGGAAGAAAAUCAGCAAAAUGUCAAAUAUGUAUAUACAGUAUGUAUUUAUUGAAUAUAUAUAAUUAUGAGUAUCAUUGUUGGCGUCAUCAACGGUGUGUGUGUGUACAUACACUGUAGAUAUUGCAGUACAAGGUGUCCUCAGGUAGCACAGUCUGUGUACAGUCGUACCUCUUUUGUCCGAGGUCAUCGUAGGUGAAAGAAGCAGCACUCACGCGCACACAGAAUGUAUUUGUGAUAUCAGUGAUGCGUUUAUCUUUCCUUCACCUGUUCCGAUCCGAGGUCUGUGACGACCCGGUCGGAGUGACGGCUCACUGCCAGGUCAUCUGUAAUGUCUACCGUGGGUUUGUAUCCCUUAAAAACAAAACAUAGUGAUUCUGUCGACGAUUUAUCAUUUCAACGCUACAUUUUCUUGUGAAGUCUUCUAAUUCUGCCCGUGUAAUGUAUUAUUUCAGUACGCUGUCAACUACCGUGUUUGGAAAAAAAAUGUGAAUCAAAUUCUAUGUAGGAAUUAUAAUAAUAAAAAAAAUGCACACAUUGAAUUUUUCUUCAGAGACAGUUUGUUAACGCCGUCGUGUAAAAUGUUUUCCCAGUGCUGUAAAACAAAAUCAACCAAGACAAAUGGAUUGACAUAUGCGUUUUUUAUUUCGAUCGCCAUGGUUACACCUACGUCCUUCUCCACAGAGUAACCACUUUAUUAGCAAAUCCUAUUCCUGCCAUUCUUUCCUUCCUAUUGGUCCCCCUGUUCCACUGAAACAUUGUGGAAAAGCCCCAGUCUGUCUGCUCUCUGUGUUUACCCCAGUCUGCCUGGAAACAGUGUUACGACCUGGCUGUUACCUGUAAUUAAGACAGAAAUUAAAACCAUACAAGGCGUAUUCACACACACACACACGAUACAUACCGGUACAUAAGAGUUGAUUAACAUAAAAAAGAUUAUUUAUUGAUUUAAUGACUGUAAAUAAGUCUGUGAAUAACAUUUUAUGUUUAGUGUAUUUCAAUCCAAGUGGCGGUGAACUCAACAAACGUUUUUUCAAACUUAACAUUGAAAAAAGAUUUCAGCUGAAAAUCCAUCAAAGAAAAUGUGUUUUUAACAUGGACAGAUAUUCCGUUAGAUGAUUGUCAUAAACAUUGACAAUGAUUUAAAAGUGACUUUUUCAUUUCGUCCUCCCUUUAGUGAGCGUUUCUUACCUUGAUUACACUCGAGGCAUCCAACCAGAAACAAUAUCACAAAGAAAAGCGACAUUACAUUUAUCAAUGCAAAAAUAUGCCCCAAAAGGCAACUUUCUAAUUCAAAGGCUUAUUAAAUAUGAAUUCAAGGCUCCAAAUAUAAAAUAGCAUAGGCAUCACACGUGGACGUAAAGUAACUGACUGACCAGGUCAAG